GGAAACUCAUUUUUUAUUUUGGAAAUUACAAGAAAGUUAUUUGCUCCAUUCAUAAGUGGUAUGCACAUGUGUGUAUUUUUGUGCACAUUUAUGAGCUUGUGAAUAAUGAAGUUAUAAAAAAGUAUUAGCAGCAACCAGAUCUUAUGGAACAUUAGUCUGCCUGUGGUUCUCAAGAAAAUCUUAGAUGCUUUUGAUAAAAGAAGUUUGGAUUCUGUGUAUUUAAAUCUGGCAUUUAAAAAAGGCCAUAUUGGUGAUGAUCUUAGUUAUGACAAAGCUUCCUUUGAGAAUUCAGAAAUUUACUAUAUGAUCUUUGUAUUAGGUUAUAAAACUUCCCUAACAACUGAAAUUGCUAAAGAUAAAUGAUGGAGAGGUUACACAAGGAAAAAUUGCAAACACUGAAAGUGAAUAUGUCCUUAUUUGCACACUAGCAAAUGAGGAUUCAGGUUUCAUGUCAAUUUCAGUGUGAAUAAUUCCAGCCUAGAACAAGAACAGACAGUGAAUGAAUGAGUUAAUUUUAGUUGUUUGAAAAUAAGAAUAUUUUCCAUAAGAGAUCAUUGAACUCAUCCAUUAGCAUGCUAUGGUGAUUUCCGGCUUGACCCUGGUCACAACAAUUAAAAGUAAAAAGAAUGUCACAACACAUACACAAAUCAGGUGCAUAUAGAAUUUAAGGUCAGGAUAUUCAGGCAAUUACAACCGGUGAUAUUACACUGAGAAGUAAAGCCAGCUAUAUUUCCUCAAUCCAGUGCAGAGUUGGAGAAAGUUUCUGUAGCUAGCAAGGGGAUUGUAAAAUGCACCAAUCAGCACUGUGUAAAACCACACCAAUCAGCGCUCAGUAGCUAGCCAGAGGAUUGUAAAAUGCACCAAUCAGCGCUCUGUAAAAUGCACCAAUCAGUGUUCUAAAAUGCACCAAUCAGCGGGAUCCUAAAAGUAGUCAAUCACAGGGAAGACUGAAAAAAGGUCACUCUGAUAGGACAGAAAAGAAAAAUGGGAGGAGACAAAUAAGGGAAUAAAAGCUCGCCACUUCAGCCACCACCAGCAACCUGCCUGGGUGUGGAAAUUUCUCAAUAAACCUUGCUACCACUCACUCUUUGGGUCUGUGCCAUCUUUAAGAGAAGUAACACUCACUGUGAAGAUCUACAGCUCCAUUCUUGAAGUCAGCGAGACCACGAACCCACCUGCAGGAACCAGCUCCAGAUACAACACCAGCAUUUUAAAAUUUUCUUUUUGUCUGUUCAGACAUGAUAACUUUUCUACCCAUCAUUUUUUCCAUUCUAGUAGUGGUUACAUUUGUUAUUGGAAAUUUUACUAAUGGCUUCAUAGCAUUGGUAAAUUCCGUUGAGCUGGUCAAGAGACAAAAGAUCUCCUUUGCUGACCAAAUUCUCACUGCUCUGGCAGUCUCCAGAGUUGGUUUGCUCUGGGUAUUAUUAUUAAAUUGGUAUUCAACUGUGUUGAAUCCAGCUUUUUAUAGUGUAGAUGUAAGAACUACUACUUAUAACCUCUGGGCAGUAACCAGCCAUUUGAGCAACUGGCUUGCUACUAGCCUCAGCAUAUUUUAUUUGCUCAAGAUUGCCAAUUUCUCCAACCUUAUGUUUCUUCACUUAAAGAGGAGAGUUAAGAGUGUCAUUCUGGUUAUACUGUUGGGGCCUUUGCUAUUUUUGGCUUGUCAUCUUUUUGUCAUAAACAUGAAUGAGAUUGUACGAACAAAAGAAUAUGAAGGAAACAUGACUUGGAAGAUCAAAUUGAUGAGUGCAAUGUACCUUUCAAAUGCGACUGUAACCAUGCUAGCAAACUUAGUACCCUUCACUUUGACCCUACUAUCUUUUGUGCUGUUAAUCUGUUCUUUGUGUAAACAUCUCAAGAAGAUGCAGCUUCAUGGUAAAGGGUGUCAAGAUCCCAGCACCAAGGUCCACAUAAAAGCUUUGCAAACUGUGAUCUCCUUCCUCUUGUUAUGUGCCAUUUACUUUCUGUCCAUAAUGAUAUCAGUUUGGAGUUCAGAGAGGCUGGAAAAUAAACCUUUCUUCCUGUUCUGCAAAGCUAUUAGAAUCAUGUAUCCUUCAGCCCACGCAUUCUUCCUGAUUUGGGGAAACAAGAAGCUAAAGCAGACUUUUCUUUCAGUUUUGUGGCAAGUGAGGUACUGGGUGAAAGGACAGAAGCCUUCAUCUCCAUAGAUGCACGAGAGGAGCAUUGUAUGUCUUCUAGCAGAAAACAAACUGGUGGUGUAUGAAACAUUUUCUAUUUCUUACUGGUUUUUCUGUAAAGUAUGUGUAUGAAUAAUUUCCAAACAUAUACCUAGAAAAGUCUUUGACCUAAAAUUAUCUUAUAUAUAUAUGUGUGUGUGUAUGUGUGUGUGUUUAUGAGUGUAUGAAAACUUAGGAGCAAGGACACUAACAUGUUCUUUUUUUCAUACAAACUGCCAAAUUAUACAAAAUAUGACAAAAAUUCCUCAGAAUUAUGAAGCUAUGUGUAUUUCAUUCAUGUAUUUUAUAUUUCAUUUGUAGAAUUUAUGAUGUCUAUUUAUAAUUAUUAAGAACUAGCAGCUUAUUCCAUGAAAAAUAUUCUUCUUUUCUAUUGUUAUUUGAACCACACAAAUAUAUCACAGUGAGCUUAGAAUUCAUUGUUUGAACCUGUAACUUAUUGGAUGGUAAGGUCAUUCAAUUCGAUAUCAAUAAUGAGGAUGUAUCUUUGGGGUUUUAAUCCAUUAUGAAUUUCUAUUUUCUGUUUAGUAAAAGGCAAUCAGAAUUAUUGUUAGAAAACAAUGCACACAAUGGAAUUCGAGUGACAAGCCUAUGCACAGUAAAUUUCGUGUAUGUCUGCCAUAAGCAGUACUGAGGAAUAUUAGAUUUCAUACAAGUAUGUGAAUAACUAAAAAUAAUCUCUUUGGUAAUAAAGGGUUGAAAAAUCAUGGUGAUGAUCUCCAUUGCUAUUAUCCAUCUCCACAUGCAGUUAGAAACAUCAUUUCUUCCAGCUUUUGAAUUAAAGAAAAGCUGUUUUAGAAGUUGAGAUGUUAUGUAAAUUAUUUUAGUAUUUUUUCAAAAGCAGUCUUAAGCCCCUGAAUUGCUAAUUAUAUCCUUAUCUUCCAUUUAGAAUAUUCCUUGUAAACUUCAGAUAAGAGAAAUCAAAUCUUCUCUUUUCCAAAAAAACUAUCAAUAUUAAAAUAGAAAUUAUGAAAAAUAAUUCAGUGAAACAUUUUGUAAAUGUUAAAAUAGUAUGUAUGAAAUCUAUGUAUUAAUUAUGAGAUGUGCCUUAACGUUGUAAUUUUGUUGUCAAUGAUGAAAUGAAAAUGUGUUGACAUAUUCAUUCAUAUAAUGUUCUAUUAUAAGAAAGAAACGUACACUCUUGUUCACAGCUAAAUUCUACCUGACUGUUUUAAGUCUUGGUGUUAUGAAAUUUUAACAAUGUCAUUUAAACCUUAAGAUAAAUCAUCCCCACACCUGAUUUAUGUAUUUUUUAAAAUUAUGUAUCUUCCUCAGUACAAUAUAAGAACUGUAAAAAAGAGAUUGUGUCUGUCCGGCUUUCUGUUGACCCC